UCUCUCUCGCUUAGAGGGUCAAAAUAGUUGACUCCUCCCAUCUAAAACCCUACGCAAAAGCCUCCUCCUCCUCCUCCUCCGAGUUCCUUCUUCCGCUUGCUUCCGAUUCGAUCCGAAACCAAUGGGCGCCGUACCAAGAUGCCUCCUUUCUCGCAUCACUCAAUUUCUAUCGAUCCGAUCUCUAACCCCUUCACCCUCCUCUCAAUCUCUUCCCCAUUCUAGCCUCUUCCUCGCCCGACGAUUCAGCUCCGAUGCUGGAUCACUCGACGGCAACGAAUCCGACGUAAUCGAAGCUCCGACUCGGAUCAUCGAGGCGAAACCCGGAGAAAUGUCCCGGGGAUCCAAAAGGACAGGGAUCAUCGCCGUCAAGUGUGGGAUGACAGCUCUCUGGGACAAAUGGGGAGCUAGGGUUCCGGUGUCGAUCCUCUGGGUCGAUGACAACAUCGUCUCUCAGGUCAAAACCGUUGAGAAAGAAGGCAUCUUUGCACUGCAGAUUGGGUGUGGGCAUAAGAAACCGAAGCAUUUGACGAUGCCUGAGUUGGGUCAUUUCAGAGCUCAAGGUGUGCCGUUGAAGAGGAAGCUGAGAGAGUUUCCUGUGACGGAAGACGCUUUGCUUCCUGUUGGGACUGAGCUCGGUGUGCGUCAUUUUGUUCCUGGGCAGUUUGUUGAUGUCACUGGGAUCACUCGUGGGAAAGGUUUUCAGGGAGUGAUGAAAAGAUGGAAGUUCAAAGGAGGGCCGGCAUCACAUGGUUGUUCAAAGGCACAUCGGAAAGGUGGUUCCACAGGUCAAAGAGAUGAUCCAGGAAAGGUGUUCAAGGGAAGAAAGAUGCCUGGGAGGAUGGGUGCAGAGCAGAGGACUGUAAAGAACGUUUGGGUUUACAAGAUUGAUCCCGCCAGGAACCUCAUCUGGGUUAGAGGACAAGUUCCUGGUGCGGAAGGAAACUUUGUGUUCAUAAAAGAUGCGCACUACAAGAAACCAGACAUCUCAAAGCUUCCAUUUCCAACCUACUUAGCCCCAGAAGACGAGGACCCAUCAGAGUUAGAACCGUUGGUCGCAGAUCUAGGAGAAGUCGACCCAUUUAUGCUAGCAGAGUGAUGUUAAAGACAUGAUCCUCAUCUUGAUUUUGACCUUUUUCAUUUUUUACGUUCGUGGAAGACGAGAAGCUGAUGAAGUGGAGGCACAGAGCUCUAAAGCUUUUGCUGAAGAAAGAUUGUCUUUUCCUAUUUAUUAGUUGUAUGAAACUGAAAACGAUGGUUAGAGAGGAAUCUAGUCUUUGCAUUUGUUGAAUCUGCAAUAAGCAAUGAAGUAACAGUAUUCUUGUCUUAUCUUCUAAUUAUAUGGUUACUUUUGUAUGUUUA